CUAAAUCUCACGACAUCUACACGUCAAUUACAAUAAUUAUACGUAAAAUUCCACUGAUAACGUGAUCUGAAUUCGCUCAAACAAGAGCGAAGAGGGUAAACAAUAUUAUCGUUGGGAAGAUAAGAGCAUUUGUGUCCAUCGUUCCUUAGGGAUCGGUUGUGUGUGAGAAAAAAAAAGUGAAAAUAAAAAAAAAUGCGGUUGUGCAGUGAGAGGCGUGGCGUUCACCGUCUCGCCUCGACGGUGUAACGAACGAUGCCCAGUACCCAGAAGUGCUGUGUGCUCAAAACGGAACGCACGUGCAUUAAAAAACCCAGUGAGAACGAUUGUGAACACUCAAUUCUCGUGUUACUUGGUCAAUUUUUUGAGGCAUAUUCAAAUGUUGGCAACACUAGCAGUUUGAAUCUUCAUGCCAACGGAGCAUACGGAAUUCCGGAGAUCAGGACUAAACAAAAGUGAAGUUUUCAAGACGCUGAGAUCGAGGACUAGCCGGUCCUUGAUGUACUCGACAAGUUACAAGCUUUGCGCCCAAAAACUUUACUUGACUAAGAGACCCUGUCGCUAUUCCGCUAGAGACCCAAGAUUAAGACACUGGUCCAGAGAAUUCUUCUCUUACACUUACAACCAAUCUCUUCAUUGGUUCUAAUCGAUUCGACAGAAUCGUCCUUUAGAGGAUUGACUUAGAAACUCAAGUACGUACGCGACGAGUACUUUCAAACAGGUCGUCUCAAAGACUAAUGGACACUGAAAGAGUCUAUUCAAAUGGAGUUCCAGGUAAAGAGAAAACGAUCAAAUAUGAACACAAAGUACCGUCUGAAGAGGAGAAGACUACGUCUCCUCUCCUUAAUAAAAUCAAUGACUUCAAGUACAUUGAUGAAAAAGAUGACAAAUUAGAGCGAGAUGUGAAGGACGAAAAGCCUAAAGAAGAUCUCAACAAAGUGAAUUCUAUGAAAACGGAUUCACAUUCACCUAAAAAUUCUUUAGCUGUGGGAUAUAAAAAUGAGAAACACGACGAUGAUGCCACUUCAAAUAAUGAAGGGGUUAAAUUCUUUGGUUUGGGAGAGGUUGAUAGUAUCUGUUCAAGUAAACCUCCAGAACAGCCACCGCAAAUACCGGACGGCGGAUGGGGUUGGGUAGUAGUGGCCGCAUCUUUCUUGAUUGCAACUGUGGCUGAUGGAUUAGCAUUUUCCUAUGGAUUGAUGCACGACAAAUUCGUUGACCAUUUUGGCCAAUCAGAAGCAAAGACUUCGGUGAUUGGCAGUUUAUUUAUCUCCGUCCCUUUGAUAGCAGGACCAAUAAUGAGCGCAUUGGUAGAUCGCUAUGGUUGCAGGAAUAUGACUAUUCUGGGUGGUGUAGCUUCUACAAUUGGAUUUGUAGCAGCUUCAUUGAGCAAUUCUGUUGAGGUGCUAUACGUGACUUAUGGCCUGAUGGCUGGAAUUGGAAUGGGUUUAUUAUACGUUACAGCCGUAGUAUCUAUAGCGUAUUGGUUUGAAAAACGAAGAAAUUUAGCUGUAGGUUUAGGUUCUUGUGGAGUUGGCUUCGGAACGUUCGUUUAUUCACCUCUUACUACUUAUUUAUUAGAAGAGUAUGGAUGGAGAGGUGCCUUGUUACUUCUCGCUGGUACAGUUCUUAACGUUUGCAUUUGUGGUGCUGUAAUGAGAGACCCUGAAUGGUUAAUACUGGAACAAAAGAAGCAGAGGAAAUUGAAUCAUGCAAAGAAAGCAUCAAGUUCUGUAUCAAUAUCAGCAAGAUCGGCCAGAUCCGGUGGCACAGAUUCAGUAUAUCCAGGAAUAGAGGAACUUAAAACUCUAAUGAAGAGUGGGGAAACACCGGAAUAUAUUUUGACCACUUUGGUAGCUUCAAUAGCUGAAGCAGAAAAUCUGGAAGCUACAACAAAACAAAAUACAGAUUUAUCCCACCACAAAGUCAGCUCCGUCGUUAACUUGCCCACAUUUUUGAGGCAAAGCGAAAGGCUACCAGUUGAAGUUUUAGAACAAUUAUCAGCUAACAAACGCCUCUACAACAUCGUAUUACAAAAUUAUCCUUCCCUUCUGGCAUUGAGAAGCAACUCUGAACAAAAACUCCCUAUAGAACCUGCUCCAGAAGCGGCUAAGAGUAAACCAGUGACCAUGUCUAUGAAACUCAAACUGAAGAAGAAACAGAAGAAAGAUUUUGAAACGAAGCUGGAGAAAGUGAGAGAGAAACUUCUACAGCCUAUUCCUGAGAAUAAAACUCCAGUGAUACCACCGAGGCAAGAUUGGUUAUCGCGACAACUAAAUACCGAUCAUCAUUAUUUGAGAGACAUAAGGGUGCACCGUAAUUCUAUUAUGCAUAGAGGAGCUAUGAUGAAUAUUGCUAAGUAUAAAUUGCGAGCCUCAUCCUGUCCUGAUAUUUACAGAAAUUCCAUGUGGUCGGUAGAAGAUGAUCAAGAAGAGAAGACAUGUCUCCGCCGCAUGCUCGACACGAUCAAAAAGACAUUCGACUUUAACAUGUUCACGGAGUUCCACUUCCUCAUGAUGAAUCUCUCAACUCUUGUUUUGUUCAUCUGGUUCAUUGUUCCUUACUUCUACAUCGCCAACUUUAUGGAGAAGAGCGGUUACCCCGCGUCUGACGGCAGUUGGAUGCUCAGUGUUUUUGGGGUCGCUAAUAUCAUUGGUAUUGUGGGUCUCGGUUGGAUUGGUGAUCUUCCUUGGGUCAACAUAACCAAGACCUACGCCCUUUGCCUGGUCAUCUGCGGUGGAAACAUCGUUCUGUUCCCCCUCCUCAUCGGAUGGUUGGACCCCCACCACCCAGCUAGUUUCUACGCCAUAGCCUGCAACGCAGUCAUGUUCGGCCUUAUGUUCUCCAGCUCAUACUCUUACACUCCAAGCAUUUUGGUAGAGCUGAUCGCCUUGGAAAGAUUCACUAUGGCUUACGGUCUAGUUUUGCUGAGUCAAGGUGUUGGACAUCUAGUUGGUCCGCCUAUGGCUGGUGCACUCAAAGACAUAACCGGGUAUUGGGACGCAGCAUUCUACGUCGCCGGUGUUUGGGUCAUCAUCUCUGGUUUACUCGUUGCUGUAAUACCUUACACCAAGAACUUUAGGAUGUGUGGUAAUGCCCCCCUCGCGAAGGAUGCAGCUGGUGAACCGGAUCCUAAUAUUAAGAUCAUUAUAGCGCAUUAACAUCAUGAACAGAAAAUUAAUCAUCACCUUUGUAGUCCGAUAUGAAUAAUACACCAAACACUAUUAUGGUGGGUCUAUCAAAUUGUUAAGCAAUGCCGUGUUAAUAUAUAUGCACAGGGUAGGCAAUUUACGAUUGAUAUAAAAUUGAGACAAGUAUUUUAUUGUAACAAUUUGUCGAUGUAUAUUUAUGAAAAGAUUUUCAUCUUUGCUAUAGAUACUCAUAUCGGACAUUAGAAGAGUAUCAAUGAUUCUUGUGAUCACUGCAAAAUCACUUAGAAUAUUAUAACUCAAUAUUGUAGCUUUAUUACAAAAUAAAGUGCCUUAGAAGGUUAUAUUAAAGUUUUGUGCGUUCGUGGAUAUUGUGGAUCAGAUAGGUUAAAACGAAAGUAAUUUAUAUUUAUUUAGAUAAUUAUAUGAUUCAUGCGGUUUCAGUGUGAUAAAUAGAUUAGAUUUGUAUUUGUAUCAGUGUUCGCAUGUACUUCCAUCGGUUCUGAAACUCCAAAAAUAUUUUGGAAAUUUCUAAAAGCUGGAAUAUAAAGCACAUAAAAAAUAAUCAUGAUUAUUCAUAUUCGUAGACACCUGUUUACAAUUAAGUAGGCAAAACAGUAAAAUAAUAAUGUUCAUUUGUCAAGUAAUUUAUAAACUAACGGGCUGAGAGAAGAAAUCCUUCUGAGAGUAAAAAUUAAGGGAGAGAAAAAAUAUAAUUAUUAGAUAUACAACAUAAUUAUUUUUAACAAGUUUCUUAAAAAUAUAAUUCAAUCAUUAUUAUCGUAGUUAUUGCCUUUCUCCAUAUCCAUUUUUAUUUGUAAGUUAAUUUUAAUUGUUUUCUAAGAGUGACACUGCGUGCCUAGUUUAUAUCCGUGUUUUGUAGUAUUUCACUUAUUUAUUUUUUAGUUUAUAAUUAUUAUGGAUAAUGCAAAUAAGAUAAUGCAAAUCAAAUGAACACAAGUGACACAAUAAGCAUACUUAAUAAAAAAAUACAGGUACUCUUAAACGAUUAUAAUCAGACUUUUUGAAAUGUGUUCACAUCUUAUAUUUUUGUGCAGUAGUAUUUAGACAACAGGAAGUAGGUACUUAUGAAGUAAAGUAAUAGUGUGGCGACUAUUUAUAAAAAAAAAUUGUCCUAUUCUGCCUUAGAUUGUGAUGAUGAUAAUUAUGAUACUACCUACCUACGAAUUUAUUUUUAUAUUGCAUUCGAAAAGUAUUGUAGCGUAAGAGUUUUAUCUACUUACUUACUUAGAAAGUAACUUAAGGUAUACGAUAUAAUCUUAUUAAAAUUGUAAGGAAAUAAAAUAAAUGUUUGCGAUUUUA